GCGGCGCGAACGGAAUCCUUUGUAGCCGCUUGAACCCUGGCAUCACUGUCGCACAUACAGACUUAGUCUUCAUCAUGAGCACCAGCCGGCCUUACACUGUUCGAUGGGGCAUUCUUGCGACUGGCGGCAUCGCCAAAAAAUUUGCCGGCGAUUUGUUGGUGGACCCAGCGACAAGGGACGCGCAGGACGUUUCUCACCAAAUCGUAGCCGUCGCUUCAUCCUCCUCUGCCGAGCGAGCUCAGGCUUUCAUAGAGUCUGAUCUUGAAUGGGCAGCGAAAACGAAAGUGGGGAAGCCUCACGCAUAUGGCAGUUAUGAGGAAAUGUUGAAGGACGAGCAGGUACAAAUCGUGUACGUUGCCACGCCCCACAGCCAUCACUACGCAAAUGUCCUGCAAUGCUUGGACGCGGGCAAGCAUGUAUGCUGUGAGAAACCUUUCACCAUCAAUGCAGAGCAGACCAAGCAUCUGGUCGACGUCGCUCGCUCAAAGAAGUUGUUCCUAAUGGAGGCCAUGUGGAUCCGCUUCUUUCCCAUAGUGCGAGAGAUUCAGCGCCUGCUUCACGAGGAGAAAGUGCUCGGAAAGCUGCACCGCGCUCAUUCGGAGCUCGGUGUCCACUUCGACAACGCCACACCGGAGCACAGGCUGCUCAAUCCGGAGUUGGGAGGUGGCGCUCUGCUGGAUUUGGGCAUUUAUCCGCUCACUUGGCAGCUUCUGACCUUGUUUGAGGAUCCCAGCAACGAGCGUCAAGCUCCCAGCAUCACUUCAAACGUCCUUAAGCAUCCCGUCACUGGCGUCGACGAAUUUACUUCUUUGAUUCUCAACUUCGAAAAGGGUCACACGCAAGGAAUGUUGACUGCAAACUUCACAGUGCGCACCCACUCCCAGCAGCACACGCUGAUUCAAGGAGAAAAGGGAGACUUGACGGUUCACUGGGCUCCUUUCAGGCCGACGGCUUUCACUAUUACUCUGCGUAAGAAUUCGGACGAACUGGGCGAGCCGAGGACGACAGAGUUUGACAUCCCAGGCGGUCAUGGCAUGUUCUGGGUGCGUUCCGAGCUAGUUUUAUGUCACACACAUCGAGUCCGGCUGACAGGCACCUACUGCAUCCCACAGGAAGCCGAUGCUUGCUCUAGGGCCCUCAGAGAUGGCAAACUCGAGGCGGACCUGCAUCCCCUUUCAAACUCCAUCUUCACCAUGGAGAUCAUGGAUCAAGUGCGAGCGUCCGCCAACUUGAAAUAUCCUGAGUCCAUCGAAGCUGUGCAUAGGUCAUGAUCGCGGGCACCAAGAUUACAGUGAUGAAAUCUUCAUUCCAGAUUGCACGAGUUCAGGAAGCAUUGCUGCAAAGUGUCUUCACAAAAAGUCCGAAAG